GCAAAGGAAAGUGAUAUAUUUUUCGAUUUCGAUUUUUUUUUUUCCAAAAUGUCACUCAGCGUAAGUGGACUGCCGAAACCGGUUAAUGUACGCAAUGAUGUCCGUCACAAUUGGGAGAUCAUGCAAGUUGUAUAUAAACUUUACAACGAAGAAAAAUUCACAGAUAUUUUAUUCGAAUUUCCAUACACCGAAUACAAAAUUACAGCACAUCGCCUAAUACUCGCAGCGGCAAGUCCAUAUUUCCUAGAACUCUUCGAGCAGGCUGAUGAAGACGGUGCUUGCAACACGAUAACGGUCACGAAAAUGGAUAGUGAUACUUUUGAGCAAUUGCUGAUCUACUGCUACAACGGACAGACGGAUAUCGCGGCUGGUAAUGCAGAGCGUAUGUUGAAGGGUGCUAUACUCCUACGUUUACAUGUUGUUGUUGAUAUUUGUGUGAAUUAUAUGUUGGCGCAUAUAAGUGAUUUCUUGGUGCACAAACUGAUUGCACUGGCAGCGGCGGUCGAGUAUAAACCAUUUGAAACGCGAUUACUCGCUUAUAUUGUGGAGCAUUUCAAGGAGCUUCAACGUAAUGCCGAAUUAUUUGAUCUCAAUGCCGCACAAUGGAAAUUCAUUAUAAAAGAGUUGGACGUCUAUAUAGUUUCUCAAGCGGAUAUCUUUUGGGCCAUCAAAAGCUGGUACGAGCUCAAAGUCGGCGAGCGUCAGCAACAACUGUCCGAUUUGAUUGGGUCGCUUACACUUACCGAAUUCGACAGCGAAUUUCUAACGCAACAAAUUAAACCGCUACCCGGUUGUGCAGGUUUAGCAACAGAAGCGCUUCGGAUGCGUGGCAAAUUGCCCGCGUGGUUGGCGGUACAGAAUUGGGGUGAUGAUUGGUUAGGUUAUAAGGACAUAUUGCUCUACAAUGAAGCACAGGAGGAAUGGCUGAAAGCUACACGCUUGGAAAUUAAAAGAUAUUUUUUUAGUACAGCAUUUAUGGAGAAUAGUCUCUACUUCAUAGGUGGACGCAGCAUGGAUGGCACGAGUAAGGCAGUGCUCAGCUAUAAUUUACUAACAAAAACGCUGACGACAAUGCCGUCAAUGAAGCAGAGUCGUCAAAGUGUUGGCGUUGCUGUGUUGCAUAAUUUCAUCUAUGCGAUUGGUGGUAAGGCGGGCAAUACAACGCCGCUGUUGAGUGUGGAGCGUUAUAGUACAUCAACUGGACGUUGGCAGUAUAUGCCUAGUAUGGCUGUGGCACGCGCUUCAGCCGGUGUUGCCAUCUUGCAUGAUAAUAUAUACAUAAUAGGUGGCAAAGAUUUGCGCACUCUGAACACUGUAGAACGCUACAAUGUUGUCAGCAAUAGUUGGUUUCCAUGCAGCGCAAUGGCUGAUGCACGUGAAAGUCCAGCUGUGGUUGUGCAUCAAGGCUUCAUUUACGCACUAAGUGGUCGUUUUACUGAUUUGAAAACUGUCGAACGCUAUGAUCCACAGCAAGACAAAUGGACAAGGAUUGCUUCAUUGAAUGUCGCGCGUAGAUAUAUCUGCGCCGCCUCGAUACAUAAUCAAUUGUGGGCAUUUGGUGGUGUAAUCGGUCCUGCACAGUGGGAUGAUACUGUCGAGGUUUACGAUAUGACGAACGAUAAGUGGCUGUUAAAGAAAAAAUUACCCGUAACUGGCAAGUUUGAUUGUGUUAUGGUACCCACGUAUUUGGCGGAAAAUCUUUUAAAGUGAUUUUAUUGCUGUUGAGAAUUAUUGGG